UUUGAGAGAAAUAAAUAUUCAGCCAAGGAAACCAUAUCUGCCAAAUUAAUCAAGUUUGACUUAACAAUAACAUGUGACCAAAAGUACAACAAUAACAAUAACAAAAAAAACAUCCGCCUAAUUACUGCCAUAAAUGAUAAAAUGAAUUACAGAUUGUAAUCCGUUAUGGACAGCUCAAUGUCUUCACACUCCAUCUUCUCUAUUUAUCCAUCUUUCUAUGAAUAUGUGUAAAACCUAAACAUUUUACAUACAAAACUAUAACCAUGUCCAAACGACGCAUUUGCUGCAUAGUUUCCGCAAUCAUUAUUGUCCUCUUCGCCAUCUUCAUGGCCGCUUUGAUCCUUGCGCAAGUGUUCAAACCAAAACAUCCCAUUCUACAAACCGUCUCUUCAACUGUUGAUGGCAUAUCUACAAAUAUAUCACUACCAUAUGAGGUCCAACUAAAUUUCACUCUUACACUUCAGAUGCUGCUCAAGAAUCCUAACGUUGCGGAUUUUGAAUACAAGACAGUGGAAAACUUGGUUUAUUACAGGGAUACACUAGUGGGAAAUCUCACUCUUCCUUCGAGCACAUUACCUGCCAAAGGCUCAGUGCUUUUGGCAUGUCCUCUUUUUCUUCAGCUCGAUAAAUUUGUCGCGAAUUUAGGUGAUAUCGUGCAAGAUGUAUUGCAUGGAAAAAUUGUGAUGGAGACAAAGGCAAGAAUGCCAGGAAAAAUCACGUUGUUGGGAAUCUUUAAGAUUCAUUUGGAUUCAAUAUCGCAUUGCAACCUCGUACUUGGCUUUCCUUCGAUGGAAGUGGUGGAUCAAGUGUGUGAUCUCAGCACUAAGCUGUAAAUAGUUCAGGUAAACAUAGGCUUAAGAGGGCAGAUUACUAGUUUCCUGUAAUAAUAAAGAUUGUAGUCUUCAUCAUUGUUCUUUUAUCAACUCCGUUUUUGUGAGUUCUUGAAAUUAAGUGUAAUCUUUUGAAUUUGAAAUAAUGAAUUUGAUUACGA